CUCUCAAUAAACUUCCAUAGCAAGAACAAUCAUGAUACUUUCUUAACAUGACGCUUAAUGUUAUUGUGAAUGUUAUUGUGGCCGUGAUGGUGACACAAUAAGCAAUCCAGAUAUGAUCUGUGCAGAAGCAUUUCUACUCUUAACGCACCACUAUCACUACAUAUAUAUCUCACUUUACACACUACUUACUACAUAGGUAUCUGCCUACUUAGUACAUACUCAUGAAUAGCUUCAACAACCGAGUCUAAGACAAAACAAAAUAACCAAUUAUCCGACAAUGUUAACAACAGCGCCCUACCUGCGCAUCCGGCGCCCCUCCCCCACCACCGCCGAGUUCAUCGUCUCGACCCUCCCGACCUUAACGCUACCCCUGCGCAUCGCCCUCGCCGCCAUCUACCUCCUGCGCCUCGUGCUCGCCCUCGCCCUGCUCCUCCUCUUAUACUCCGCCUGGGCCCAGAGCCCGUACACCUCGACCCGUUACGACUUCACCACCCCUCCUCCACCAGCCGAAUUCGCCUUUGGCAGCGGCGGCUCUUCCGCUCCCACUACUCCUCCUCCCCCGUUUCACACCCGCAUCAACAUCAACUCCCCCGCCACCCUCCUCACCUUCAUCCAAGACCACCUGCACGCGCUGCUCUCCUCACGGCCCCUCGGCCACCCCUUCGCCACCCUCGGCGCCUCCCUCCCGCCCUGGCUACUAGCCCCGAUCUCGCUGUCCCUGCUCUACCUCCUCUCCCAGCGCGUCGGCAUCGAAGAGCGCGUCCUCGUGCUGCGCGGGCUGGGGAUCCAGACGAGCUCGAGCGGCGCGACGGUGCUGUCGCCGCUGCAGACGCGCUUCAUCCCCACCUACCAGAUCCAGGACGUGCUGCUGAACGAGGCCUUCCGCGGCUUCCGCGCCCGCGACUACCUCGCCGUCGCCGUCGACGGCGAGGACGCGCUCGUCGUCGUUUUCCCCAGGAUACUCCCGCCCCCCCGGAUACUGGAGAAGGUGUGGAAGGGGGUCAGGGAGUGCUUGUAUGAGAACGAGGGUGGGAAGGAACUGGGGGGGAGGAUGAAGAUGAAGAUGAAGAUGGAGAGGGCGGCGGUGGCGGUGUUGGAGAAGGAGGGGAAGGAGAAGGUUUAGGAAAGCUUGGUCAGGAGCUCGGCGCCGUGGAACAGGAUUGAUAUUCCGAGGUUGAGUGGUGGGACUCGGCGGAUUUUUGCUUAGGUUGGUGUUGGUGUAUACCUACCUAGGUUGUAAGUAGGUACUAAUGGAUAUGGAUAUGGGCGUGGCUUACUGGUUAAUGGUUAAUGGUUACGAUACGGUAUGGGAUGCUAUAGAGCUACAAAACAGGCGUGGAGUUAUAUACAUGUCAUGAUACCCAGUAUUUGCCUAUAGUACAGCGAAUACAGCGAAUUGCAUUAAAAACA